GGCACGAUCUCGGCUCACCACAACCUCUGCCUCCCGGGUUCAGGCAAUUCUCCUGCCUCAGCCUCCCGAGUAGCUGGGAUUACAGGCACACGCCACCAUGUCCAGCUAAUUUUUUGUAUUUUUAGUAGAGACGGGGUUUCACCAUGUUGAUCAGGAUGGUCUCGAUCUCUUGAUGUCGUGAUCCACCCGCCUCAGCCUCCCAAAGUGCUGGGAGUAUAGGCUUGAGCCACCGCGCCUGGCCCUCCCUGAUUUUUAAAAAUAAAGUUGGCCAGGCAGUUGCAGUCGUGUUCUCCGAGUUCCUGUCUCUCUGCCAGCGCCGCCCGGAUGGCCUCCCAAAACCGCGACCCAGCCGCCACUAGCGUCGCUGCCGCCCGUAAAGGAGCCCAGCCGAGCGGGGGCGCCGCCCGGGGCCCCGUGGGCAAAAGGCUACAGCAGGAGCUGAUGACCCUAAUGAUGUCUGGCGAUAAAGGGAUUUCUGCCUUCCCUGAAUCAGACAACCUUUUCAAAUGGGUAGGGACCAUCCAUGGAGCAGCUGGAACAGUAUAUGAAGACCUGAGGUGUAAGCUCUCGCUAGAGUUCCCCAGUGGCUACCCUUACAAUGAGCCCACGGUGAAGUUCCUCACACCCUGCUACCACCCCAAUGUGGACACCCAGGGUAACAUAUGCCUCGACAUCCUGAAGGACAAGUUGUCUGCCCUGUAUGAUGUCAGGACCAUUCUGCUCUCCAUCCAGAGCCUGCUAGGAGAACCCAACAUCCAUAGUCCCUUGAACACACAUGCUGCUGAGCUCUGGAAAAACCCCACAGCUUUUAAGAAGUACCUGCAAGAAACCUACUCAAAGCAGGUCACCAGGCAGGAGCCCUGACCCAGGCUGCUCAGCCUGUCCUUGUGUCAUCUUUUUCAUUUUUCCUUAGGUCUUCUGUCCUUUUUGUGAUUUCUGUAUAGGACUCUGUAUCUUGAGCUGUGGUGUUAUUUUUGUUUUGUUUUGUCUUUUAAAUUAAGCCUCGGUUGAGCCCUUGUGAUGUAUAUUAAAUAAAUGCAUUUUGGUCGUUUUUU